GCUUUGCUUUUCAGCUACGCUCCGUGCUUUACUCUCUGGGAUGCCCCGUCUCCACUUUCCCUUGUUUGGAUGAAAAAUUAAAAGCAAUUUGAGGAGUGAUGAUAAAUUUAACAUAAUGGGUUCUGUGGGUAACUCAAAUCCGUGGGCACCAAAUACUGCUCUGAAGGACUGUUCUCAGGGGAUAUGCAGCAUCUAUUGUCCCCAGUGGUGUUACAUCAUCUACUCCCCUCCCCCUCCUUCAAUCACACUUGAAGACGAUGACACUGAUUCUGGAUUUGAAUUCUCUCCUCUCAUAGUUGCUGUCAUAGGAAUCCUUGCAAGCACCUUCAUUUUGGUCACUUACUAUACCAUUAUCUCAAGGUUCUGCAGACACAGAGGAGGCAGAUCCAAUGACCCAACUGAUCAGGAUGAUGGCAACACCGAAUUCGCCCAUGUUCCUUCUUCUUCUAAUUCUGGUUUGGAUGAAGCUCUCAUCAAAUCCAUCACUGUUUUCAAGUACACCAGAGGUGGUGGGUUGGUGGAGGGUAACGACUGUUCUGUGUGUUUGAGUGAGUUUGAAGAGAAUGAGAGCUUAAGAUUAUUGCCAAAAUGCAACCAUGCCUUUCAUCUCCCUUGUAUUGAUACUUGGCUCAAAUCCCAUUCCAGUUGUCCUUUGUGCCGUUCCAUUAUCUCUUCUUGUCCAAAUCCAGCGAUGGAACCACCAUCAACUGUCAGUAUCAAUGCCUUGGAAUACCAACAAAGGAGUAGUGAUGUUGUUGUGAUUAUUCAGCGCUUGGAAUGUCCUCAACAACAAGUUUUGGUUAGUUUUGGUGCUCAAGUUCCACCAAAGUUGCCAGUGGAAGAAGAACAGAUAAACAGGCAUGACCUUAAUUGUAGUGCGAAUCAAAGAAGGGUAUCUGAUAUAGGAUCAUCAACAUAGAUGAAGCCAACGGGAAAAGUGGGGUGGUGGAUAUUGGGAUGAGAUCUGCAUCCAAGGGGAGAAGGAUCUAUAUUGACGAAGUAUAUCCAUGGUAAGGGAAUGAAUUCUAUGCUUCCAAAUUGAUUAUAUCUUCCAAAUCUCUGAAACUUAUCAGCUUCUGUAAUUAAAAGAAAUUCUCGAAGAUCAGGAUCAUGGAUUGUGAAUUCUACCGAAAUUUUAACCCUCGUAAUUUGUUCUAGCAAUUUGUAAGAUCUCUAUAUCGUGGUGGAAUUAUUUUGUCAAUUAGUUUUUUACUUUGUUUC